UUGACACACGGACAGGAACUCUCUGGCCCGAUAGGUGACGUGGAGUAUGGUCACGAUAUGAUUUAACGUAAUGAUAAAGUAUUAAAUCGCUGUUUGGCGUGUUGACGUGUUAAAACAGGCUGACAGGAGGACUGAAAACUGUCUUUGCUGUGAUCUCCUACCAUGGCUAGUCCUGAUGAUUUAAAGUUUCAAGAGUUUGAGGAGGCCGCUGACUUACUGGCUGCUGACCCCGGCGCCUCCACACUCAGCAUCUCCAGCUCCAGCGCUGCUGUGUCUUCAGGGGACGUCAAAGUGGACCUGUCGGACGAUGAGGACAAUCAGCAGGAGAGCUCAGAGCUACUUGGAGGUGAAAAACAAACUAGUGGCUUCUGGACGUUUGAAUAUUAUCAGUCUUUCUUCAAUGUGGACACAGUGCAGGUGCUGGAUAGGAUCAAAGGGUCAGUUAUGCCUUUGCCAGGCCGAAAUUUCGUCAAACAUCACAUUCGAAAUAACCCAGAUUUAUACGGGCCGUUCUGGAUAUGUGCGACUCUGGUGUUUUCUGUGGCAAUCAGUGGGAACCUCUCCACAUUUCUGAGUAAAAAGGGUGACCCUCAGUAUCACUAUAGGCCACAGUUCCACAAAGUGACAAUUGCAGCAGUUGCUGUGUUCCUCUAUGCAUGGCUGGUCCCGCUGGGCGUGUGGGGCUUCAUGACGUGGCGACAGAAUGCUGAGAGACAGACCAGUGCCUAUUCAUUUUUAGAGACUGUGUGUGUCUACGGAUACUCUCUCUUCAUUUAUAUUCCUACCUCGAUAUUAUGGAGCAUUCCCUUUGGGUGGCUUCAGUGGCUCUUGAUUGUUGUCGCCAUGGUGAUUUCGGGCUCAGUGUUGGUCACCACCUUCUGGCCAGUUGUCCGCGACGACACCAAGACGACGGCUUUCGCCACCAUGGCAACCAUAGUUGUGCUCCAUGCACUGCUGGCCGUCGGCUGCAAGAUGUAUUUCUUCCAAACGGCAGAACUAACGGUAUCACCACUCUCUCCAACAACUCCUGCUAUGCUAAACCAUACAGCUUUGAUAAACAAACCUCACUGACCAGCAGCAAAAGGAAGAAUGGAGGAGAAAUGAAUGAAGAGGAGAAUUCAUUCAAGCACCUUUUGAUUAGUGAACUACUGGUUUAGCAGCUCAUCAACACGUAUGAAGCUGAAUUAGUGUCAGAUGGUGAGCAAAGUAUGACAUAACGUCGCUGUCGGAACAAACCUCGCAUCUCCAAACAUAAAUUUAGGUUAACGUAACAAUUUAAUUCCAUGUCAUUUUGGACUAUUUCUGUUGGUCCAUCAUGAAAUGUUCACACAGUGUAAAGCUGCCGUUUUCAAAUGGUGUAAAAACAUAACGUUUUGGUCUGACAGCGAUGACUCAGACAGUACUGUGCAAAACUCAGAGACAUCCUGGUUCAUUUCCAGUCAAAAUGGCCAUUAAGUACAAGUUAUUCAUUUUCAGUGUUAGGAAGAAGAAAGAUUUACGCAGAAGCCUCAACAACUAAAUAUAAUAUCAAACUUCUCAGUAUUUAGCGUGUCCACUCUUGACCUUUAUUACUGCUCCCAUUCUUUUCAGGAGACGCACUUUCAGUUUUUCAGAGAAAUCUGCAGUCAUACCUCCAAAGUUCAGUCUUAGGCUACGUUCACAUUACUAGAUUGAAGUGGCACAAAUCUGAUUUCUUUGCCCUAAUGUGACUCAGAUCUGAUGUUUUCAGGGCUUUGUGGAAAUCUGAUCUUUUCAAAUCCGACCUGAGCCACUUUCAUAUGUGGUCCUAGAUCGGAUAUGUAUCCAAUUCGUGGCCAUGUGACCUUAAUGUGACGCUCAGAUUGGAAUUCAUGUGGUUUUUUUUUCCGCUGUGCGUGCGCCAUCGUUCAGUGUUUUGUGCUGAUGACUCACGUGAUUCAUUCACAUGACGUUACUGAGUAGGAUGUGUUCAUGAGGGCCAUUUUAGGACGCCGGUUCGUCACAUUAAUGACAGAUUUGAAUCAUAAAUGAUUGUGAACCAUCGCAUCAGAGAUCAGAUUUGAGGAAAAAAUCUGAUUUGAGCAAUGAGGCUUGUAAUGUGAACAUAGCCUUAGAAGUUGGUUUAGCAUUUUCUUCUCCCCACAAUCCAAGUAAUCCCAAACACAUAGUGAUGUUGAGGUCUGGACUCUGGGGUGGUCACUCCAUUGUCCAGCUUCUUUGUUUGAUGUGUCCGUCUCCUUUUCUCAGUGAUGUUUCUUGACAGCUACACAUCCUUUCAGACCCAUAGCGCUGAGUCGUCUUCUCACAGUGGAAGGAUGGACAGAAACACCUGUGGAUGUUUUCAGAUCUGAAGCAGCUUGAUGUUCUCCUCUCUCUCAGAGAUGAAAGCACUGUUUAUCUUAUAGGGAUAGUUUUGAUGGUCGACCAGGUCUUGCACGGUUGUUAGAAGGUCCAUCAUUUUUGAACUCCAGUUUUGACCUCCUUUGACCUCCUGCUUCCUUAUCUAAUAUCUCGUCAUAAAUAUCUCCUUAAAAAUAAACAAAUUUGGACUGGAAAUGAAAUAAGGGUGGUCUCUGACAUUUGCACUGUACUUUGAGUUGGUUUAUGACGAUUGUGGAUCAGAACUCUUUGUGGUCUUCAGAAGAAUCAAUGUUUGAGUUGCUCCUGAGAGUUUUCUGGUCUUUGUGUGCUGCUUUGAACAACAAUGAAAUUGAGGGUUGUUGUUUGUUUUGAUAUUUCUGUUGCAAGAAAGUAACAUUUGUGUAAGAAACCUGACGAGUGAUCAAAUGUGAAAUGCUUUGUGGGAUUAGAUUCGCUUAGCAACUUCUGGAGCACUCCUUCAGCCUAACCUGGAAAGGGUGUCUUACAUUUCUAUGUAUUUUUGCCUCUUCUUUUUAAGGCUGCUUCCUCUCACGCUUCUGAAGCACAUGGGUCGUUAUUUAUUUGCAUAUUUGCAUUUAUUUUCCUUUUGUGAUCAUUUUUUGUUCCAUGUGGAACAAAGUCAUUCCAGUCCGGAUUGUGUGUGAUUGUAAAUUGAUUGGAAUUCUGUUUAAAGGGCUUGCAGGGAAUUCCCAACAGUGAGAAUUCAAGUGAGUAUUGAUGGGGAAAAAUAUAAAAAACUUUGCUACUGUACCAUCUAAUGUACACCAGCCCUCCUUGUGGGGCACAAAAAGACAAUAAAUCAUUUGUUUCUUCUU